AUGCCCGUGAACGGAGUGGCUGGAGCUGCCGCCGCCGGCGACAGCGGAGAGACCAUCCUCGCGAAAAUCCACGAAGCUCUAAAAGUCGUACACAGUCCCUAUUCGCCCAACCAAGCCCGACGCGAUGCCGAAGACUUCCUCGAAGGCAUCAAGAGCCUCGGCGAAGCUCCCUCGCACGGGUUCAGCCUCGCCUUCAACAAACCGCAGGAGCCCAUUGUCCGUCAUUACGGCUUGUCGCUCCUUGAGCACGCGGUCAAGCACAUGUGGGGGGACUACAGCCCAGAGCAUCGCGACUAUCUCCGCGUAUGGGUCUUGCAGUUGGCCGAGACGGUUUCCGCCGAUGAUCCGCCCUAUCUCAGGAACAAGAUUGCACAACUUUGGGUCGAAUUGGCCAAGCGUUCAUGGGUCGCCAGCUGGAUGGACAUGGACUGCUUGCUGGUCCGUCUGUGGCGUGUUCCAAACUCGCCCGUCCACAAGCUGUUCGUCCUCCAGAUCCUCGAGACCCUUUCCGACGAGAUCUUCUACGGAGACGACGUUGUGGUUGCCCUACGGGAGGGAGCAUUGAGCAAGGCGUGCGUGGAGAUUUUUACGCCGGCUGCUGUCCUGACUGAGGCUUUUCCCAACCGUCAGGCCGGCCCGCACGUUCGGUUCGAGAGCGAGGGAUGGCUCAGCAGAGUAACGCAGCUCGUCAGCGAGUGCCUCGGCAGUGGUCUCGAGCAGAACGAGGACGCCAGGACAUGUGCCGUCAAGGCCCUCAACGUCCUGAACUCGGCCGUCCUGUGGGCAAUUCCCAAAGCAUUAAACGCCGUCGGCUGCCGCGCUGUCAUGUGCAGCUGUCUCGCCGCUCCCAGCGUCCCAGUGCAGAAGGCUGCCCUCGAGUCCCUACAUUCCCUCUACAGUCGGUCGAACUUUACCGACCAGGAAUUCGUCGAUCUCGUGGUGCCAAUGUAUAGUCCCGGCAUGGUCGAGCUCUUCCGGCGGCUGUUUGAAUGGUCAACCGUGGACCCCCAGGAUCUCGAUGAGGACAAAUACCAGUUCUGCAAGAAAUUCUCUGAGAUGCUCUGUGCCUUGGGCAACUACCUGGAUAGGAAGUUUGCGGCCAUCCCGCCCCAAACGAACAUUCAAGGCUACCUAGAGCUCUUGAUGCUGGUGGUGCAGAGCCAGAGCCUCGUCGUUUCGAUUCCGAUACUUCUCACUUGGACUCGACUGCUUUCCCACCGAGCACUCGGUCCGGCGAUUGCCGAUAUGCCUUUCAUCGUGAACCUGCUAGAGCUCUGCAGCAACCGCUUGAUCCGGUACGAGAGCUUUCCGGAGGAUACAGAGGACCCAAUCUAUGUCCUGCUCGUCGAGGACACGGACACGAUUCCUGAACGGCAUGCCUUCCUUGGCAACUACCGGCGGUAUUGCUGUGCAGUCAUCGAGAGCCUCGUCCAGCUGAGAAUGUCCGACGCGUUCUCGCACCUGCUGGGUCGGGCCGAACGUGCCUUGAACACGCUUUACGAUGGGCAACCCGCCCUUAACCCUGCCGAUUACUCCAGGAAUUCUGUGCCUGUGUUGACAGUCGACGCUCACGCGACUGUCAUUGAAGCUGCUCUCAGAGGUUACGACAUGUGGAGGACGUCGUGCAGCAGGACGCCGGAGGAGAAGCAGCAAGCGGCGGCCGUCGAAGAAUAUUUCGAAAAGUGGUGUGGCCAGCUCUUGGAGAUGAAGUUCGAGGACCCAUUAAUUCUCAAGCGGAUACUCCAGCUACUGGUGACCUUUUCGACAAAGGCGCUGGAUUCGAACCCGGCUUUCAUGCUGAGGGUGCUCGAACACAUCUUGAUGACUUGGCCAGCAUUGCAACCAGAGCAUCGGCUCUUCAACGACGCCAUCAGGGAUCUCCAGACGGAGAGCAUGGUGGAGCUGCAACGGCUCGCGUUAAAGAUGCCAGACCCUCUUCUUGAUGUGUAUGACCAGUUGGAAGCAAAGGUUCAGGAAAUGAUCGCAUCUGGGACCCUCGAUGAGAAGCGCCAAGUUGCCUACCAGACCUUUCUGUUUAUUAUCAUCCACCGAGCCACUCAUAUCGACCCGGCGACACGUCUUUCGAGACUCGCUGCGUUUAUCGAGCCAGUGAAGAAUCUGUGGAAGGAGGAAUCGUUGAAGCAGGCCUUGGGAUCGUACAGCGGCUUCUGCGAGCUUCUUGGUCUCGACAAAGUGCAAAAGUACGUGGCCGAUCGUCGCAUUCACGAGAUUGCCGACUGGGGUGCGACGGACCUGGAUGCCGAAGGCCUAGCCCUGCAAAAUGAACUGGAGCAGAGACAAGCGAUGCUACCCUUACGCGUGACGAAGUCGUUUUUGACCUACUCGGUUGAGGGGAUAGAGAAGAACUCGGCUCCGUAUCAGGCAUCAUGCACCGUUUGGCAGGACGGGCUCCAGCUCAUUCUACCAGAGUUGCUCAAGUUCCUGAGCUAUGCGCACGCAUCGCACAACCCAGCCAACUGGAGUCUGCUACCAGUGGAGAUGCAGCCGAUAGUGGGACGACUGUUUACGGACCGAUUCUGGCAAGCGGGCAUCUCGGAAGGCAGUAAGGACGACUUCUAUGCCAGACUGCUGGGGAAGAGGAACACCCUAGAAGGUCUGGGGUCUACUAUCCGUGGUACUGUCCGGUUCGUACGAGAGACAUGCUACACCAUCAUUUAUUGCAUGUCGAGACUCGACAUGCAAUUCUAUGGUUUUCUGGAGCUGCCGAAACCAUUGGCGAACGCGCUCUUUGCCGACUCGUUCUACCUGUCGUCCCACCAGGUCAUCAACCUUCUCACCCUAGUGAGGUUCCUAGUCGACAACUGUCCUGUGGAGCUGCACGACCACUUUGUGCCGCCGAUUCUGGCCACCUGUUUCGAGCAGAUGGAUACCAAGAUCAGCUCGGAAUGGGAAGAGCUGGGGCAGCGGGAGACAGUGCAAGCGGCCGCGGACGAGUUGGCAGAAGAGAUGAAGGCCGAGAGCAUUCUGAGGCAACUCACCUAUUCUGCGGUGCUCAUGGUUGCCGAUGUCUUGGACCCGGACAGAACCGGUGCGUGCACGCGCCACUAUCUUUCCGUUUCAUUCGAGACCCACGCUGACGGCCUAACAGCAUCUCCAACGGGCCAAACGGACACGGCGGCAUCCAACGCAAAGUACCCUCCCUUGCGGAAGUUCUGCCUGAUGAACCCGGCCGUCGCAGUGCCGCUGCUCGUCUUCUGCAGUCACGCGAUUCAGAUGCACGACGGGAGAAGCUGCGGCGCCGUGCUCCGCGUCUUCCGCUCCAUUGUGCCCGAGUUUGCCCCCUCAGACCUCACCAAGACGCUCAAAAACUCAGGCCACACGGCGCCGCUGGAGGAUUUCCCGAUCCCGGAGGACACGGCGAGAGAAAUUCGAGAGUUCAUCUCGGCAGAGGUGUUGAAGGCGGCCAUCUCGUCUCUGCACGACCCCUAUUUCGUCGACUUGCAGAGGGACCUGGGCGCGCUAAUCGCUUCCAUCCUGGCUUACUAUUCACCCUUGACGCCCACGCCUCGGAACAUCCUUGUCUCUCUGCACAGCAUCAAGCCGGAGGAUGUGGACAGGACUAUUCAGCAAGUCUCUCGGUCAGGGCUACACUCCCGCCAGCAACGGGCGUUGGUUCUCGAGCUGCUGGAGGACCUGAAAGGCGUCAGCAUCUCGGAGAUGGGCAAGCUGCCAAAGAGCAUUGGGACCGCGCCGGGAUCCUCGUAUGGCAGCAAGAAAUCCGGCCGCAGCAAGAUGGUACAGGAAUUCAUGACACCCAACGCUGGCUCGAGGUCGGGCGGAGCGGCGGUCGCGGGUGGCUCGGCGGCCCGCGACAAGACUCCGGACCUGGAAGGAUUGGCUGGCAUGUUUAGCGAGGCCGGCUAGACGCCCUACAUGUAGCACAGGCGUUGGGGACGGCGGCGAGUAUCAAGGGUCGCGGUGCGCUCAUAUAGAGUCUAGCGAGGGGUCUCGUGCACGAUGGCCCGGCUCAGGCACUUAUAUUCGCCCAUGAGCGGAGGAUGGGUUCAUUCUCAGGCAGUGAGCGCGGGGCCGGUUAGCGAACUUGGUGAAAGGUGUAUGUUUCUUGGUCAGCGAACGAGCAGGAGGGGAUCAGUCGACAACCCAGUAGCCAUUUGGACCUUAGGAUACCCAGAUGAGGUAAAAUCACCGGCUAUGGAACACUCCGAAAGCCGUGUGGUUGGGGAGGAUCA